GUUUACUUGGAGCUAGCUACAAAACCACAUUAGCGAGGCAUGUCUGCUAACGGGGAAGAUUCUACAGACGCAAGAAGAGGCGAUGGACAAGAGUCGGUGCAGUCUUCUUCUGUUUCUGGUCCCAUGGAAGUGGAUGCCAGUCCUGGUUCCCACAGCUUCAGAUACAGUCUGAAAUAUCCCUGCAUCGGCCAGUGCAUCAUCAUCAACAACAAGAACUUUGACAGGAGAACAGGUAUGAAUCAACGAAAUGGAACGGACAUUGAUGCGGCCAAUGCAAUGAAAGUGUUUUCAAAGCUGGGUUAUAAAGCAAAGGUUUACAACGACCUGUCAGUGGAGAACAUGAAACAGGUUUUAAUUUCUGUGUCAAAGGAGGAUCACAGCUGCUACGCCUCAUUUGUCUGCGUUCUGCUGAGUCAUGGAGAUGAGGGGGUGUUCUUUGGUACGGACGGCUCUGUGGAGUUGAAGUACCUGACGUCACUUUUCCGGGGGGAUCGAUGCAAGUCAUUGGUGGGAAAACCCAAACUCUUCUUCAUUCAGGCUUGCAGAGGCACUGAACUGGAUGCAGGUAUUGAAGCAGACAGUGGAGAUGACGGCACUACUAAGAUCCCUGUGGAAGCUGACUUUCUGUAUGCCUUCUCCACAGCACCAGGCUACUACUCAUGGAGGAACACUAUGACUGGCUCCUGGUUCAUGCAGUCACUCUGUGAAAUGCUCAGCAAAUAUGGUAGCCAGCUGGAGAUCCUGCACAUCAUGACACGAGUGAACCACAAGGUGGCAGUAGAGUUUGAGUCAGUCUCCAAUUCUCCAGGCUUUCAUGCAAAGAAACAGAUCCCCUGCAUUGUGUCAAUGCUGACCAAAGAGAUGUAUUUUACUCCUUAAAACAAUCUCUGCUCCAGAAGAAUUCCCCCCUUGCCAGCUUUCUUUAAAAGGAAAAAAGGCUUGAGGGCAUUUUUGUGUGGUGUUUGUUAAUUGUUCGUUUUACUUUCUGGCUGAAUAUCUCCGGAAACCUCAACUUACACACUUUCCUGGGAGAGUAGAUGUGAUGCUAAGAUGCUGAAACAUUUGCCAAGACUGGCAUUUUAAGUUCUCCGUUACGAGGCAUUCAAACUUUUGCCCCUUUAGGAAGACUUUCUGUAACUUCUUUUAAAGAAAAAAUCAUGAAUCUUGACCUUAAAUGUAGUUGACCUUAAAUGUGUUUAUAUGCUAACAAUCUGCUACCAGAAGAUGCCUCCAGGAUGUUUACAAUAUGUACAUUUCAGGGAAAAAUAUCAGGAGCCAGUUUGAUAGGAUUUUACAUUUUGUAUUUGUUUAAUCAUGCACUCUAUCAUCCUUAUUUCUCUGAGACAGAAGUAUUUUUUAUCUCGAGUCUGUGGUGUCGAGUAUGAAGGGAUCAUGUGAGACUUCUAGUCUUGGUUUCAGAUUUGUAUUUUUAUUUUCUAGUUCUCUUUUUAUCACUAAAUGAAUGCAAGGACAUGGGAAAUUAAGUUUGCACAGGAAAAAAACAACAAUUUACCAAGUUAACUUAUUAGAAGUGUGGAGCCGAAAAAAGAAUGCUUUUGUACUCAAGAGGUAAAUGUGAUGUAAAAUGGCAUUGACAUGUAGCACGUUCAAGAGCAUCUAGAAAAUUGUCAUCUGUUUUUGUCUGUUUUAAAGCUUAAAGCUUUUUUUAAUCUUU